AUGUUGGAAGGGGUGGGUGAGAUUGUUGUGUCCGGAAGGGCAGUGGCAGUAGAGCACAGAGAGGAGGUGGCUGUGAGCACCGCUGCGUGUGUUGCUGUUGCAGCUGCUGUAGGAGGUGGUGGGUAUGUGGGAGGCACGCCUGCAAGAGCAUUACAAGGAGUGCUAGCAAGAGCACCAGCAGGAGUGCCAGUGGUGGAUCUAACUAUUGAGUCGGCUCAAAAGUCAGCAGCGAUUGGCAGGGCAGGAGGAGGAGGUAAAGAGGGGCGAGUGUUGGAGGAGGUAAAGAGGGUGAGGGAGGAUAGAGAUGAGGUACAGCAACAAGUGGGUGAGCUGGUGAGGAGGGUAGAGGAAUUGGAAGAGGAGAGAGGGCGAGCGUUGGAAGAGGUAAAGAGGGUGAGGGAGGAUAGAGAUGAGGUACAGCAACAAGUGGGUGAUCUGGUGAGGAGGGUAGAGGAAUCGGAGGAGGAGAGAGGGCGAGAGGUGGGGGAGGUGGUAUCGCAGGCUGUGUUGGAAGUUGUGGGUGAGAAUGUUGCGAAAGGAAUGGUGGUGGCAGUAGAGCACAGAGAGGAGCUGGUUGUGAGCACCCGUGCGUAUGUGGCUGUCGCAGCUGCUGUUGGCGGUGGUGGGUGUGCGGGAGGAACGCCUGCAAGAGCACCAGCAGGAGUGCCAGUGGUGGAUCUGACUAUUGAGUCGGCACAAAAUUCAGGAGCAUCACCAGGAGUGACAAUGCUGGAGAUGUCUGAUGAGGAGGCGUGGAGAUGGAAACAGCAGCAGCUGAAAAAGAACGAGGCGUGGGCCACCAUUUACUUCUCCCUCGCCAUCUCUGCUCCACUCCUCUGCCUUCCGCCUUCUUUGCCUCUCCCCAUUUCAUCCCCUCCCCUCUCUUCUUGCUCUGCUCUGAACCCCCUCAUUCAUGAAACUGAGAAAUAA